UUUCAGAUCACCAGCUUGAAAGCCCUGAUCGGCAAAUCCUACCACUCGCUGGUACGUCUCUACGCUGACGACAAUCAAAUCACGUCGCUGAGCGACCUAGAAGGGACAGACUUUAUCUCCCGCUUCAGUUUCUUCUCGAUUCGACGCAACCGACUCAAAACGAUCCAGACCUAUCAGUUCAAAUCCAACCUGGAUCUCGGUUCGUACCUAUUUCUCGAGGGUAACCCGAUGACGUGCGACUGUAAUGCGGCUAAGAAUCUGAAAAAUUGGCUACUUAGCAAGAAGGCCCAGGUGCCGGAUCACGACCAGAUCUACUGCGAGGGUAGCAGCCACGUAACGAAGAUGGUGCAAAUCCAGGAGAGCAAACUGUGCCAAUCGCAGCACGAUUGGACGGAUUAUAUCUACUAUCUGAUAGCAACGGAAAUUAUUCUACUGAUUGCGCUGAUCUGCAAGGUGUCGUACGAUUACUGGGUGUUCAAAACGGCCGGCUAUCUGCCGUGGCCUGCCAACAAAAUGCCCAAGCUACCCUGUGAUUGUCUGUGCGAAUAAUGAGUCUGAUUGGAAUCUGAAGAAAAGAAUGUCUCUCUGAAAAUUAUUUCUAUUACUAAUGCGUGCCUCUCAAUGUGUCGGAAGCAACCGCGAGAAGCUAGAAAAACUGUGCCUUACGUGUCUGUGAUCGUGUAGAACGAAUAUAUCCUAA